AAGAGUCCAGAGGUCCUGAUUACUUGGUUUCAUGAAAUAAGUGAAUGGCAUUUGGUACUUGUGGUCUGCUGUGAAGUAACUAAGGUAUAUAAGAACCCAGGGGAAGCAAACGGAUUCUCUUACACAGAGGGAAGGAAUGAAUGGGCGAGUACCUCUAGCCGAGAAAGCUUUGUCUGAGAGCUAUGCCCGGCUCCGUUACAGGGACACCUCCUUGCUUAUCUGGCAGCAACAGCAGCAAAAGUUGGAAUCUGUACCCCCUGGGACUUACUUGAGUAGGAGCCGGAGCAUGUGGUACUCACAGUAUGGAAAUGAGGCCAUAUUAGUGAGAGACAAAAACAAACUUGAAGUCUCUCGGGAUACUGGUCGGUCGAAAUUUUGUACCAUUAUGUAAUCUUAAUGUGAACACUUAAUUCUUGAGUCCAAGCAUCAAGAAAGAAUUAACCAAGAUUGCACUUGACUGUCGUGUUAUUUAUUUCUCAUCAUUCCUGAGGUGAUUUUUUUGAACAUUUAGCCAGUCCCACAAGAGUCAGUCAGCUCUUCUAACAUCAAGUAUUAUCUAGAAGAGGAGGAAACAUGGAUUUCUACGCUCUUAGGACAAUUUAGCUUUAAUUAUAAAGAAAGCAAUAACUGGUAUCCUUUGGCUACAUUUGGACUAUCCCACAUAAUGGAAAGUUGGGAGGAACUGUAGUUUGACAAAGAUUUGGCCUUGUUGUUAUAGCAACUCAAGUUCUGUGCAAUAGCUUGUGUUCUGCUUCUUAAUAAAAUGCUGUGUGAUGCCCAUUUACAACAAAGAAAACAUCAGAGGGCCAUGUUUGUGGGGUUUUGUUGUGUCUUGUUUUUUAAAUGCAAACUUCUGCCUAGUAAAGAAGGAUACCCCAUAGCCAGUGCUACCAGUAGCUAGAUGAGAGUGGAAGUUCAUGCUAGGUAGUUGAAUUUCAACGUGUCACCAUAAUUCCAUUAGGAAUUUGGUUAUAUUGGGUAUUUCUGACUGGUGGUUGAGAUUGCUAGCAUUUCAUUUAAUAAAGUGAUGGUUGCGUGGAUUUUGUUGUGGUUACGUCAUGCACUUAGGGCUUGUCAUAAACACCAUGUCAGACUCUGAAGAGUUAAAUUGAAUCAUGUGAAUGACUAAACAAGGUAGGUUUACAGCCUUCUUUGACAGUGUUUAAUAUUUCUCUUGCAUACUAUGUUGCAUUCCACCAUCCUUUACAGUAUUUAAUGUGGUUUUGGUUUUGUGUUUUCCACACAGACUGAUAUGGGAGACCUAAAUUGGUAGUUUCUGUAAUCAGUUAUUUUAUAUGGACUUGCUGUCUGCUGUAAUUAAAGUCUACUUGACUACACAAA